AUGGGACACAACGAAGGUUGAAUAUCUGAUCACAAACAGAAUCAACUUUUUCAUGUACCAGAGUAUUCAUAAAUAAACAAAAACUAAAAACACAUUACUAUCUCUAUAUAAGAAACCCGAAGAGACCAACAUUUUGUGUUUACUAUAGAAGGUGUUAGCUUUACAGAGUGAUUUUUUGUGUAAAUUAACUUUUUGUUUACUGUAAAGCGACUUGCUUAUACAGAUUGUUCACUAUAGAAAAACCACUGUAUUUCACUGAACACGUUAUUGAACAUCGUCCCUCGGGAAUCGGUCACCUCUGGAUAGGUCUCGUCCAGGAAUAGGUUAACAUAAAAAGUGGCUUACCUUACAGAACAGAUCACCUCUAACGUACAUCCAAAACUAAAGUCAUUUUAGCCCUACCCAACUUACCUCCGCUUUUUUGGGUCAGGGAGAGGUAGGAGUAGGGGUAGAGAUAGGAGUAAGAGCAGGGAAAGAGGUUGGGGUAUAGGUCAAAAUCAGGGCAACGGCGGAAGAAAAUAGAAGAGUAGAAGUUAGGUUAGGAGUAAGGACAGAAGCAGAGGGGGGGGAAGUAGACCUAGCUCCCAAGCCAGACUUAACAUAACUUCAGCGGCAUGGUUUUUGGCCAAUGGGCCGGUCAGAGAUUUUGGUCCGAUAGAACGCGGUCUUGGUAAGGGCAAGGGCAGAGGCAAGGGCAGAGGCAGAGGCAGAGGCAGAGGCAGAGGCAAAGGCAGAGGCAAGGGCAAGAGCAAGGGCAGGAGCAAAGUCAAGGGCAGGGGCAUGGGCAUGGGCAUGGGCAUGGGCAUGGGCAUGGGCAUGGGCAUGGGCAAGGGCAAGGGCAGAGGCAAGGGCAGAGGCAGAGGCAAAGGCAGAGGCAAGGGCAGGAGCAAAGUCAGGGGCAGGGGCAUGGGCAUGGGCAUGGGCAUGGGCAUGGGCAUGGGCAUGGGCAUGGGCAUGGGCAUGGGCAUGGGCAUGGGCAUGGGCAUGGGCAUGGGCAUGGGCAUGGGCAUGGGCAUGGGCAUGGGCAUGGGCAUGGGCAUGGGCAAGGGCAAGGGCAGAGGCAAGGGCAGAGGCAGAGGCAAAGGCAGAGGCAAGGGCAGGAGCAAAGUCAGGGGCAGGGGCAUGGGCAUGGGCAUGGGCAUGGGCAUGGGCAUGGGCAUGGGCAUGGGCAUGGGCAUGGGCAUGGGCAUGGGCAUGGGCAUGGGCAUGGGCAAGGGCAAGGGCAGAGGCAAGGGCAGAGGCAGAGGCAAAGGCAGAGGCAAGGGCAGGAGCAAAGUCAGGGGCAGGGGCAUGGGCAUGGGCAUGGGCAUGGGCAUGGGCAUGGGCAUGGGCAUGGGCAUGGGCAUGGGCAUGGGCAUGGGCAUGGGCAUGGGCAUGGGCAUGGGCAUGGGCAUGGGCAUGGGCAUGGGCAUGGGCAUGGGCAUGGGCAUGGGCAUGGGCAUGGGCAUGGGCAUGGGCAUGGGCAUGGGCAUGGGCAUGGGCAUGGGCAUGGGCAUGGGCAUGGGCAUGGGCAUGGGCAUGGGCAUGGGCAUGGGCAUGGGAAUGGGCAUGGGCAUGGGCAUGGGCAUGGGCAUGGGCAUGGGCAUGGGCAUGGGCAUGGGCAUGGGAAUGGGCAUGGGCAUGGGCAUGGGCAUGGGCAUGGGCAUGGGCAUGGGCAUGGGCAUGGGCAUGGGCAUGGGCAUGGGCAUGGGCAUGGGCAUGGGCAGGGGCAGAGGCAGGAGCAGGGGUAAAAGAAGCGGGUUUGCCUUCUUUUGGGCUAAAAAAGGCGGGUUAGGCUUGUGUUGGGCUAAAAAUGGCGUGUUAGGCUUAUGUUGGGCUAGAAAAGGCAGGUUAGGCUUGUUUUGGGCUAAAAAAGGCAGGGUAAUAUUUUUUCAACAAACUAUAAACAUAAUUUAAUAAGACAAAAAUAUUUUAUAAUUUUUUCCAAGAAUAUUCAAUACGGUGCAAUGGUCAUAAUCAAUCAAUUUUAAAAAUUUAUAAAUUUUUCUAUACACACAACCCCGCAAAAUAUCCUGCCACGAAAACAAAUAAGCGCUAAUUUAUUUGGCAUUCUGUUUCUCUGCCGUUUCAAUUUCCAAACGGACCGAACGUGCAGGUAAAAUACCUCUAUUUUGUUCAUUUUUCAACUAAACAGCAAUAUUUUUUGGCAUUGUAUAAUAGAAAUAAGAUUUAUCUAGUGUUGUAAGAUGUUUGUUUUGUCAAAAUUUGGAUAUACGGCCAAAAUUUUGCCUAUUCACUUCAGCGCUGACUUUUUGGAAACAUUGGUCAAGAGAAUCGAUCAGGAUUUUGCUAAUUUUGUAAGGACUUUCUUAAUUUAUGAUAAUUUGGAUAGAAGAGAGCCUUAUUUAAAUUGUCUUAUCAAGAUUUUCACUGUAUGCUUUUGGAAGUAUUUGCGGUUUUAAAAGUCCUUGUUUUCAGGUGAUAAUCGACGUUGGACUAUGUAUAAGUUUCUACGAUUUUGUCAAGAUUGGAGCGUCGUAUUUGAUGGCAGGUGAUGCAGCUAGUUAUACUCCAAUUGAAUUUCGAUAUUUGGUGUUUCAACCGUUCAGAGGGGAGGUUCUACAAGCCACGAUACUAAAUAGUACGAGGGAAGGACUCAAGUUGACAAUGAGCUUCUUUAGUGACAUUUUCAUUGCGCCUAACAAUUUACAGGAGAAUUCUAGAUUGUAAGUGAUGCUUUUUGUUAGUUUUUCUUAUUUUAGGUAAUGGUUUUGACUAAAAAUGGCAUAUCGGUAAUCGAUAUUGUUUUAGUGACGAAACAGAGAAUGUAUGGAUAUGGGAGUACGUGUCAGAGGAAGGUGAUGCCGUAAAGUUUUAUAUGGAAGUAGGAAAAACCGUCAAGUAGGUUAUUUUCUAGCCCUUUUUAAAUUUUAUACCAAAUUAUAGCUACCACAAUAUUUUUAGCCAUUUUAAUUUGAUUUUCUUGUAGAUUCCGUGUAACAGACAUAAAAUAUCGCACAGUACAGCCGGGCGAAGCCGCGGCCGAAGUUAAAGUGAUGGAGAUAUUGGGCUCCAUGGCGGAGAACGGCUUAGGAUGCGUGGAUUGGUGGACGACACCAGAAGAGCCAGAAGAAACAGUUGAGGAUGUUAAGGUCAAAAUGGAGCCAUAA